AUGGUUUUUGCUUGUCAAUUAGAUAGUUUUCAACAAAGUAUCACUUCAAAAGUUGUAUCUUGUUCACAAGGUGUUAAAGAUAAUGAGACAUUUUAUGAAGUUAUUUGUGAAGACUCUAUUUUAUUUCCCGAAGGUGGUGGACAGCCCUGGGAUACAGGAUUUGUUAAUGACAUCCCCGUUUCCCAAGUUCUUAGGAAAGGUGAUUCAGCGGUAAUAUACCUUCCGAAACCGGUUACAGUAGGUGGAGAAGUAAAGCAAGUAAUUAAUUGGGAAAGAAGAUUUGAUCACAUGCAACAACAUUCAGGUCAACAUUUAAUAACGGCCAUAAUUAAUGAAGAAUAUAAAAUAGAUACAACAUCUUGGUGGCUUGGAGAAGAAUUAUCACAUAUUGAGCUUGAUACCAAACAAUUGACCAAUGAACAAAUUACUAACAUAGAAAAUUUGGCCAACCAAAAAAUAAUCGAGCAAAUUCCUGUGACUGUAAAAUUAUAUGAGAAAAAUAGUAAAGAAGUGGAAAAUGCCAGAACUAGAGGUUUACCAGAUGAUGUGACAGGACCAAUUAGAAUUGUUGAAAUUGUCGGAUUAGAAUCUGAUUUAUGUUGUGGUACUCAUGUAAAUAAUUUAGGACAAUUACAGAGUAUAAAACUUUUGUAUGCAGAAAAAGGAAAAAAAAAUAAAACAAAUUUAUUUUUUUUAUCCGGUACUAGAGUUUUGAAAUAUUUAUCAAAAUGUCUUGAAACAGAACAAAAAUUAACAAAACUUCUCAAGUGUGAUCCCUCUUCAUAUGCAGACAUAAUUAGUAAACUUCAACAAAACCUUAAAUUAACAAAUAAAAAAUUAGACAAUUUAUUUAAAGAAAAAGCAGUGGAAGAAGCAGAAAAAUUAAAAUAUUUAAAGCCAAAACCAAAGUAUUAUACUCAUUAUAAAAAUGAUGCCAAUUCCGAUUAUGUCGAUUGUUUUUGGAGAACUUUAAGGGACAAUGAAUUACUAAACGAAACAUUUUUUAUGUUGGCAGCAGGUGAAACUAACGGAUAUUUAUUGAUUAAUGGAAAUGAAGAUGAUAUAAAAACAUUAGCACCACAGUAA